GAAAUGUCGCACGGCACUUCAAUAUCUCAUGCAAUGGUGGAAAAAACAGAGAAAAGUAACUCGGAAACAUCCGUCCCUCUCGAGGGCGCAUCCCCAGCGGUCCCUAUCCAGCAGGCUGAAAACAUGUACUGCCCCGAAGACCCCCGUACUUGGCCCGUUUGGAAGAAAAAUAUCCAAAUUCUAAUGGUCGCUUUCCAUUCCAUGGUGGCGACCUUUAUGGCUGCGGGAAUCAUCCCAGCAUUUGAUGCUAUGGCUGAAGCGUACGGCGUGACAGUGCCAGAGGCGAGCUAUCUAACAUCGAUCCAAAUCCUGGUGUUGGGACUCACGCCAUUUCUUUGGAAACCGAUUACUUGCAUCUACGGUAGAUACCACGUAUCACUGGUCUCCGUUCUCGGUAGUCUGAUCUGCAAUAUUGGUGGCGCUCGGUGCUCAACGUAUGGAGCACAGAUGGUGACACGGGUUCUCACUGCCAUACUCAUCUCACCGCCGAUUGGCAUCGGGAGCGGUGUCAUCACUGAGCUCUGCGAGCCUGAAGAAAGAGCCCAGAAGCUGGGGUGGUGGACGUUGAUGACCACGCUUGGAACUCCGGCGGGGCCGUUUAUCAUGGGCUUCGUCGCAAAGCAUAUCGGCUUCGAGUGGAUUUACUGGAUAUACGCCAUUAUCAACUUCGCGCAGUUCCUCACUUACCUCCUACUGGGCGAGGAAACGAUAUACGUCCCCGGGGAUGCUGGUGGUGGUAAGGGUGGCCGCACGAGCAAGCUUAUCCCUCGCCGAAUCGACCCACGCCCUCUGAAACCUCGCGAGUUCAUAGAGUGGAUCUUCUUGUACCGGUAUCCGCGAAUUCUGAUUCCUACGAUUGCCCAGUGUGUUGUCUUUUGCUAUGCCAAUACGGCCAUCAUCGUUGAAAUGCCCAUUGCCUUUGGCAAAAAGUUUCAUUUCGACGCGCAGCAGAUCGGACUGCAGUAUAUUGCAGUGAUUAUAGGGAGCCUUAUCGGGGAACAAGUGAGCGGGCCCAUGUCAGACUGGUUCAUGAAAACAUUGAGUAAAAGAAGAGGCCAGUUCCGACCGGCUGAUCGCGUAUGGCUUUCGUACAUUGGGUUCGCAACCGUCAUCGCGGGACUCUUGACAUGGGGAUUUCAACUGGAUAAUGCCAGAUCGUGGAACGUCACCCCCUGCGUUGGCGCGGCGAUUGCGAGUUUUGGGAAUCAGAUCCUGACCACCAUUCUCAUCUCGUUCGCGGUGGAUUGCUACAAGGAUCAAUCCACCGACAUCGGUGUGUUUGUCAACUUCGUCCGCCAUAUCUAUGGAUUUAUCGGUCCGUUCUAUUUUCCGCCCAUGUUUAAAACCUUGAAAUUUGGCGGCGCUGCAGGGGUCAUGUGUGCAAUCAUUGGCGUGUGUGCUUUGGGCCCUAUCGUAGCGAUGCAUGUUGUUUCCAGUCGGAGAAGUCAAUGA